GGGAUGCCCUAUAUAACCCUUUUUACUUCCUCCCCCUCACCUCCUGCUUUCUCUUCCUUCUUCCCUCCUUCCUCCGUACCGCAUUCUCUCACUUUCUCUCCCUCCCACACUCAUUAUCUAGUAUUGCCCUGUGCCGUGCACGGUCAAUCUGUCAUUCCUUUGAGAAGUCCCGCUUGAGUACAAUCAAGCGCCACUGUCUUUGCUUUAACCGACCUUCUUUAUCUAGAGAACCGGUCUUCUCUGGUCACACCCGCAUUACCAAGUUUGAGAAAAAUUACAGAAUCUAAAGCCCAUCACAAUGGUCUCCUUCACCAAGCUCAUCGCUGCCGGCCUCGUCGCCUCCACUGCCGUGGCCGCCCCUCACGCCCACCAGCACUCCCAUGUGCACGUCACAAAGCGCUCCUCCAACAAGCGCGGUGCCGCCUACAAUGACGUCUCGACCGUCCAUUCCCUGAGCAGCAGCGGCGCCAUCUCCUGGGCCUACGACUGGAACAUGGUCUCCUCGGGCACCCUGCCCUCGAACGUCGAGUUCGUGCCCAUGCUCUGGGGCAGCAAGAUGUUCGGCGAGUGGUUCACUACCAUCCAAACCCUGCUCGGCAGUGGCUGCAACUACAUCAUGGGCUUCAACGAGCCCGAUCAGAGCUCCCAAGCCGCCAUGACCCCCUCCGAGGCCGCCCAGUCCUACGCCAAAUACAUCACGCCCUACAGCGGCAAGGCCAAGCUGGUGACGCCCGCCGUGACCAACGGCGGCGGCAACGACGUCGGUCUCGGCUGGAUGCGCCAGUUCCUCGACGCUUGCUCCGACUGCGGCAUGAGCGUGCUCGCCGUGCACUGGUACGGCGCCUCGGCCGACGAAUUCAAGACCUUCGUCCAGGAGGCCCAGGAGCUCGCGUCCCAGUACAACCUCCAGGAAACCUGGGUGACGGAGUUCGCUCUCAGCAGCGCCAUGACGGCCGGCUCGGGCACCCAGGAAUCCACCGACUUCCUGAACGAGGUGAUCCCCUGGCUCGACUCGCAGAGCGGCAUCGGUCGCUAUGCCUACUACAUGUGUGCCGACGGCUUCUUGCUGGAGGGCAGCGACCUCAGCGCCAGUGGAAAGGCCUACACCUACCAAUCCUGAUGGGCAACUUUCGCUUCGGUAAAUAUUUCACAAUAAAAAAAAACAACCAAAAACAAACAAAAAAUACUUUUAGAGGAUUAGGCAAGGAAAAGGGAUCGGUGUUACAUUUUUUGAGCCAAGGUUAUUCAGUUGGUUCACUUGGAUCAGUUGGCUUCUUCCAUGGAAUCGCGGUGUAAGUAGGAGUUCACAAUUCCAGUUCCUCAAUUCGGGGACCGAAGUGGAUCAACGGGAAAGAAACUAUUUAAAAUACCUUUUUUUUUUUUUUCAAUUGAAAUCUAGACCCUUGU